AUGGCAGACUUCGCUGUCAAACUUGAGGCUGGGCCAUCACCUCCGCCCCGGGACAGUCCACUCUGCGUGAGCGAUGAUAAGGAUCAAGUACCACGCAGUCCAUCCCCAUGUGUCGCUGACUCUCCCAAGCGCAGUCUCUCGCCAUCGCCUGCGCCGUCAUGCUCCGACGAGACUUCCAGCCAUACUAUUCCAACAUGGCAGCGAUGUGGACACCUCGAUCUGCUGAAGCAAAUUGAGAUCAAAGAAGAAGCUGUUCGCAACGGUAUAAUUGGUCUCAAAGACAUAGAGGCUGCUCUUCGGCAUCAUGCAGGCGAAGUUUGGAGCUCCAGCAAGUGGCUCGAGCGUAUUGCAACGAUUCGGGCAGCCAAGAAAGAGUGCCGAGUUCUGAUCGGUUUUCUCGGAGUUACUGGUGCGGGGAAAUCCACUCUCAUCAAUGCUGUUCUCGGAUACGAGGAUCUCUUACCGGCUGAUGAUGAAAAGGCCUGUACCGCCGUCAUCUGUGAAAUCUCAUGGAAUCCUAGAGAUGAUCCAGCUGCUACUUUUGUAGCUAUCAUUGAUCGUAUCAAUAGGGAGGACUGGGUGUCCGAGUUGGAAAAGCUUUUCCGGGACAUUGCCGAUAAAAAUUCCAACAAGGAUGGAGACGAUGAAGAGCCAGAUCUCGAGCGAGAUGAGCGGAUCAAAUCUGCUUUUGGCAAAGUCAAGUGUGUCUACCCCUCCAUUAAAAGCGUUGAGGCAUUGCAGCGUCAAACUAUUACGUCUCUCAUGAGCCAUUGCAGUGUCCGAGAUAUUCUGGGCCAGAGCAACACCAUAAAGAGCAAUAAUCUCCAAGACUUUGCUGAUGCUAUCAAGCCUUACAUUGAUAGCAGCAAUUCUAAAGAGGAUGGCGGUACCUAUUCAUUUGCCCAGUUGCCUCUCGUUAAGCUUGUUCGUCUCCAAAUCAAGGCCGAGGUUCUCAAAACUGGCAUUGUUCUCGUCGAUCUUCCAGGUUCAAUGGACACUAACGCAGCCCGUGGAGCCCUUGCCGCAACUUAUACCAAAAACUUGACAGUCAGCUGUGUCGUUUCGCCAACCAGCAGAGCUGCUUCGGAUAAGCCAGCUCAAGAUCUACUUGGAUCCAUUACAAAGCGAUACUUGCAGUUGGAGGACCACUUCUCAAGUGAUCAUCUAUGCUUCAUUGUUACCAAGACUGAUUCAUCUAUCCAUGUGUCCCGAUACAUUAGGACGCAUCCAGAAGUCGACAAAGGCCUUACGGAAAUUUAUUUGAAAGAGGCUAAAAUCCAAGAUGAUUUGGCAUGUAUGCAGAAGUCGAAUUUGAACCGAGAGCAACGAUUAUUGAAAGAUAAGCAAACACUGCUUGAGCUCAAAGAAGAGAUGAAGCAGCUCGAAACAAUCCCUACUUCGUCUGCCCCAACGCCAGGGUAUAAAAAUGACAAGAAGACUUAUUCUCGUCUCCAGAAGCAAUCCCAGGACACUCUGAACGCGAUAAAUUUUGAUGAAAGUAAGCUUGGUAAAGCUUAUCAGAAACUUAAUACACUAGAACAGAUUGAGCGGACCUUUUAUUCAAGAAAGAUGCAAGCAUGCAUCCGGAAUCGAAAUGCGGUUUCGACCACGGCGCUACGAGAUGACUUCGAGUCUCCCUUGCAAGUAUUUUGCAUCUCAGCUUUGGCGCAUUUUGACCACACAGAAAGAGGUAGCCAGAUGGAUGGAUUUUUUAAGCUUCGUGAUGCUGGAGUUCUAGCCUUGCGAGCAUGGCUGAUCGAUGCUACACUGGGUAAUCGCAGCUGUAAUGCUGAAUCAUUCUUAGCGGACAUCGAGUGUCUAGAAACUACGCUGCACCUAUGGGCUGCUGAUACCACUGUUGAAUACAAGCUACCUGCUACGCAGAAAGAGGAAAUCGAAAAUGCCUUUGAUGAACAAGUAGAAGUAUUAGGCAAGAUUGAGAAGUAUUUUGAAAAUGGUAUCUUCAAACAUAUGCCAUUGGCAGAGAAGAAAGCCGUUGAGAAGGGUGAGAUUGCGGUUAGAAGUUGGGCCCAGAGACCGAUGGGAUGGGCCACACAUCGAGCUUGCAACCGUAACAAUGGGAAUUGGAAGAGCUACAACGACACCGUUCAUCACUGGAAUGAUGAUCUAGGUGGCUUGUAUCUUGAUGACUACAUGAUCAGGCACUGGCGCAAGACUGUGCACACCACUCUGCCAGAAUAUCACCAAAAAUACAACACCUCUUUCGGUUUAGUCCUCUUCAAUUUUGUUCAUGGCGUUGUCACGGCAGCGACAACUAUCUGCCCCCAAGUUGCUGAGCCUUUAGGCCUUUGGAAGCAGAGCAUAAUGAAAGGUGCCAAACCACUCCAGGAUAAAGCUGAGGAAAUAUUCCAGGAAAGAAUCAAAGCCACAGCCACAGAGGCCCACGGACUCAUCGUACCUAAGAUCAAAGACAUUUGGCUACCAAUCUACGAGCAAUGCGGUGAAGAACAUGGCAAGGGUCACUUUAAGCGCAACAUCGAGACCCACGUAAAAUUCAUUCAGAAGAACGGUCGACCCAUGUACAAGAAGUGUUCCAAGGCAAUCCGUGGAGCUUUCAAAAAGCUCUGCACUAACUUGCCAGUAGAAUUCUCCAAGAGUACAGACACGGCAACCGCCAAGAUCAAGGAGGAAUUCAGUAUGAUGAUGGAUAACCAUACCAUUAAAGACACUACUUCUGCUGGAGGCGGAGGCGGUGUCUGUCCAUCCAAAGUCAAGUUGCGCGAUGCACUCACAUUGAUCUUCGCCAAUCUGCACGUCGCCUGGGGUGAAGAGAUCGAAGGGGUGGUCGAGGAAGAAGAAGAGGAGCCUGAGGAUGAAGAUAUCGACAUUUCCGAAUUCAAGGGCGAAGAGGACAUACAACAAGAAGAUGCAAAAUUUGUCCUCUCCGACUUCAGUGACGACGAUAAUAACGACGAUGCAAAGGACGGCGACUACGUUCCAGGAGCUUAG